AUGAGCAAACCAAAAAAUUACAUUUUCAAUAAUACUUUUCCUGAUUCUUAUAAAUUUGAAAAUGUAAAUGAACUGACUGAUAGUGAAACUGAAACACAACGUAUACAAGUAAGAUCUAAAAUUCAAUCGUUGAUUACGAAAUUUGAGGAAGAAAAUCGUGAAGAAACGGGAAAAGGCAGAUCCUGUUGGACAUAUUUUAAUGAAAUGAAUGAGAUUUUUGGAAACAGAGAAAAUGUCCGGCCUGAUUAUUUAUUAUCUAGUAUUAAUGUAGAUAAGUCUGAUAUUGAAAGUGAGGUAGACAGAACAAUUAACCAAUCCAAAAAAAUGGCAAUCGAAAUUGAACAAGAAAGGUUGAAUUUCGAAAAACAAAAACUUGAAAUUAAACAAAAUGAAAAGAAGUUAGAAAGAGAAGUCAUAUUAAAAAUAGAACAAGAAAAAUUAAAAUGGGAGAAAGAAAAGUUUGAAAAGGAACAAGAAUUCAAACUCAAAUUAGAAUUAGAAAGAAUGAAUAAGGAAUUUGAGUUAAAAAUCAUAGAUUAUUUAUGGAAAUCACGUCUUAUAUCUUAUCCGAUGAAUUUUGGAUCACUGAGCAAAAAAAACGGAUAUAUCUUGGCUGAUACUCAAGAAGAAGAACUAUUUAAAUUACCUGAUUAUGAUGUAGACUUUACUUUAAAAGAAUCGAUUAAUGAUAAACUCCCUGCUUACGAUGAAAAUGAGGAAAUCUUAAUAAUAAUAAUAAGAUUCAAAGACGUCGCCUUCGAUGACUUAAAUAAUUCUGGAAACAAUCAUGAUGAAGAUUAUGAAGACAUGAUUCAACAAUAUUAUGAAAAUGAUAUUCACAAGAUUUUGAUGAGAUUGAGGAACUGUUAUCAAGGAUCUUAUAAUCAUGCUUAA